UCAACAGUCAUGGUAUCCAGGCACUAUAGUUCUGUGUAGCAAGUUGAAGAUUUGGGUGCAUCCUCACUAAAGUACACUAUCCAUGGCCCUUUGAGUGGGUGAAUUAGUGUUUUAAACUGAUUUAAACAAGUGCAUUAGUCAUGCCCAAGAAAGGUAUGCAUGUAGAGAAUUUUUAAAUAUUCAUUGUGAGAGAUCUGUGCACAAGUGUGUAGAAUUGUUUCUUUGGCCGCCUCACAAAAGUGUGGCUGGGGCAAAUCUUCCUCUAUUUUUCUGAAGGACAAAAGAAUCUUCUACCAAGCCAGUCAGCUUGGCACUAUUAAAAUGUCUGCAUUCAUUUUACUACCAGUAAUGUUUUAUUUGAUAGAAAGGCUGAGUAUGAGCAGGUGCACAUGCAGGCAUUUGCAGUUGUUUAGUUGAGAGAGCCUGAAAAUAGGAUGCUGCUAUGAAAACAGGAUGCUGCUAGUGCACAACCAUCUUGGCUCCCUCCUUCUGUAUGGGUGUUGUGUACAUGUAAGUCUGCAUCUGAAGGUCAGCAUUCAAGCUGUGGAGGCUUCUGUAGUUAUAUAUGUGUGCUUCAAGUUGUUGUUGUUGUUGUUGUUGUUUUGGGAUAUUUAUUUAUUUCUUGGCACCUUAACAAUCACAUCCUUUCUGGUGAAAAGGUGAGGGGGAGGGGAAGAAGGCAACCUGUGCUCAGUUAAACACUUGACUGUCCCUCAUGAAUAAGAAUCGAGAGCUAAGAUGAUUCAGGAGGCUUCAUAUCUCGAGGACCAUUCACUACAUCCCUCCCCCCCAUUCGCUAUGGAAUCCUUUUUCAAAAGACACUUCAGGAAGAAGGCUGUGUUGUCGGGGGCCCGGCACACCAGCUUGGUGGGGCUGCCUGCCAGCAAAGCAAGGCGGCGCUCUGUGGUGGGUCAGCCCUCUACUGUACUGGUCCAGCGCCGGCACAGAUCCAGUGCCCAACUUCAAGGGCUAUCCUGCUUGGGCUCCCGGCACAGGCAUCAGCUGAAUUCCCGCAGGCGAUCCAGCACCACCACCCCUCGCCUGAGCCCUAGAUUUUCUGUCCAGAAGAAGCGUGGUGGCCAAGUGCGCGCCAUCGACACUCAUCUCAUAGGGCCUUCCUUGCUGCUAGCCAGCCUUAUCCAAGUGUAUGAGGAGAAGGAGGAGGAAAAGAGGUGGCCACCUUGUACCAGAAGCUGCAGCUCAGAAUCCUUGAAAGAGGGACAGGUGGAGAGUGACUGGAGUGAGGAUGCAGCCUCCUCGGGCUCUGAAGGAACAGGUCUGACAGCAGAGCAGGAGGGGGAAGAGCUGCAAAUGGAACUUUAUUUGGGUACCAGCCCACCUCCACAGCAUCCUACUGACCUGGGGCCCAUCCUACAAGACCCUCACUACCUGUGCCACAGGUCCUCUCACCUGCUACCUGCAGAGUUUGCACACAGCAGAGCAACCCAUGGGCUUCAGGGCCACUACAGGAAAGCUAUUGCCAAGUCUGGUCUCCAGCACAUGGUAGCCCAACCAGUCCCAACGCUAGCCCUGAGAAGCGAUUCAGAGCGGGAAAUUCGUAGUACCGUUGACUGGAGUGAGGGUGCAGUUUAUGGGGAGCACAUCUGGUUUGAAACCAAUGUCUCUGGGGACUUCUGCUAUGUUGGGGAGCAAAACUGUGUAGCAAAAAUGUUGCAAAAACCUCUCUCCAAACGCAAGUGUGCAGCCUGCAAGAUUGUAGUCCACACGCCUUGCAUAGAACAGCUAGAGAAAAUAAAUUUUCGAUGCAAACCCUCCUUCAGGGAAUCUGGAUCAAGGAAUAUCCGAGAGCCUACUAUUGUGCGGCAUCAUUGGGUACACCGGAGACGCCAAGAAGGGAAAUGCCGACAAUGUGGAAAGGGUUUCCAGCAGAAAUUUGCCUUUCACAGCAAAGAGAUUGUAGCCAUCAGCUGUUCCUGGUGUAAGCAAGCAUAUCACAGUAAAGUGUCAUGCUUCAUGCUGCAGCACAUCGAGGAGCCCUGCUCACUCGGGGCACAUGCUGCUGUGGUCAUCCCUCCUACCUGGAUUCUGCGGGUCCGGCAUCCCCAAAACCCACUAAAGUCAAGUAAGAAGAAAAAGAGGACAUCAUUCAAGCGAAAGUCCAGCAAGAAGGGGCCUGAGGAAGGGCGAUGGAAGCCCUUUGUUAUCAAGCCUAUUCCAGCCCCUCUCAUGAAGCCACUGCUAGUGUUUGUGAAUCCCAAGAGUGGUGGAAAUCAGGGUGCAAAAAUAAUCCAGUCGUUUAUGUGGUACCUCAACCCACGACAAGUUUUUGAUCUUAGCCAAGGAGGCCCCAAGGAAGCGUUGGAGAUGUAUCGCAAAGUACACAACCUACGGAUUCUGGCAUGUGGGGGAGAUGGCACGGUGGGAUGGAUCCUGUCUAUUUUGGACCAGUUACGUCUGAAUCCUCCACCUCCUGUGGCCAUUCUUCCUCUGGGAACAGGAAAUGAUCUGGCAAGAACACUGAACUGGGGUGGGGGAUACACAGAUGAGCCUUUGUCAAAAAUCCUGUCACAUGUAGAAGAGGGAGACAUUGUGCAACUUGAUCGCUGGAAUCUGCAAGUGGAGCCAAACCUUGAGGCAAACCCUGAAGAGAAGGACGAGGCAGCUGCAGACAAGCUCCCUCUUGAUGUCUUCAACAAUUAUUUCAGCCUUGGUUUUGAUGCUCGUGUGACACUGGAAUUCCAUGAAUCCCGAGAGGCAAAUCCAGAAAAAUUCAACAGCCGAUUUCGGAAUAAAAUGUUCUAUGCUGGGACGGCAUUCUCUGAUUUCCUCAUGGGGAGCUCUAAAGACUUAGCAAAACACAUCAAAGUGGUGUGUGAUGGAACAGACCUGACUCCUAAGAUUCAAGAUCUGAAGCCUCAGUGUCUCGUCUUUCUAAACAUUCCAAGGUACUGUGCAGGCACCAUGCCUUGGGGCAAUCCAGGAGAGCACCAUGAUUUUGAUCCUCAGCGCCAUGAUGAUGGUUGCCUUGAAGUCAUUGGCUUCACCAUGACUUCCCUGGCAGCACUGCAGGUGGGUGGCCACGGAGAGCGCUUGCACCAGUGCCGGGAGGUGCUUCUCACUACAGCUAAGGCCAUCCCUAUGCAAGUGGAUGGAGAGCCUUGUAAACUGGGGGCUUCUUGUAUCCGCAUUUCCCUGCGUAACCAAGCCAACAUGGUGCAGAAGACUAAAAGGCGCAACUCUAUGCCUCUUCUUAACGAUCAGCAGCCAGUUCCAGAACGGUUGAGAAUCCGCGUAAGCCGAAUUGGCAUGCACGACUAUGAGGCACUUCAUUAUGACAAGGAGAAGCUCAAGGAGGCCUCUGUGCCUUUAGGAAUCAUUGUUGUGCCAGGAGACAGUGACCUAGAACUGUGUCGGACACACAUUGAGAGGCUUCAGGAGGAUUUCCCUCUAUGUCCUUCUACUGUUCAGAGCCUAUUUCCUCAGGAAGGGGAUGGAGCCAAGCCAAAGACACUAUCAUGCCAGAAGCUGUCCCCCAAGUGGUGUUUCUUGGACUCAACAACAGCAGAUCGUUUUUAUCGAAUAGACCGUGCCCAGGAACAUCUUAAUUAUGUGACUGAGAUCUCCCAGGAUGAACUCUUUGUAUUGGACCCAGAGCUGGUGCGCACCCAGACAGUGGGUACAUCACCUGCUAUGCCUGACCUUGUUGAUGUGCCCUCAACACCCACAAGGCAACACAUUACUCUCCCAGUUUCACCAUCCACCACACCAGUCUCCAGGUCAGAAAUGGGAAGCAGCCAUUCACUCAAAGAUGAUGCUUUGAUAGAUGCUGCCAAGAAUAACGAUUUCCAAAAGUUCAAAGAACUGCACCAGGCUGGAAAGGACUUGAUGGUGCGUGAUCACACAGGCCAAACUGUCCUGCAUCAUGCAGUCAAAUCUGGUAACAAGGAGAUUGUCAAAUACAUAAUUGAAAAUGCUCCUGCAGAGAUUUUGGACAUAGCUGAAGAAGAGACUGGUGAGACCAGUUUGCACCUGGCUGCAGCCCUUCGCCAGCGCACCAUCUGCCAUUACAUUGUGGAAGCUGGGGCAUCACUGAUGAAAACUGACCUGCAGGGAGACACGGCUAAGCACAGAGCUGAGAAGGCAAAUGACCCUGACCUGGCUGCCUACCUCGAAAAUCGACAGCACUACCAGAUGAUCCAAAGAGAGGAUCAGGAGACAGCUGUGUAACACCCAGCAGUGUGCCUUAUCCCUAUCUAGGGGAGCAGGAGCAGAGUGGCACAAGAGCCUGGCCAGACUUUCCUUGAAUAUCCAACAUGGAGAGGAUCAAAAGCCUGGUUUGGGCUAAGCCUCCAUACUGUUAUUUAUUAGUAUAAUGGAUGUUGAACAGUUCUGAUUCCAUUUGUUCCCACCACCACAUUCCAGGGAUGCACUCUUGCCACCUAAUAUUCGCUUCCUACCUUCUUCCAGGUCCUGUUGAGGGUCACGGUUGCUCCCAUCAAAGCACAAGGAAAGAAUUGCUUAUUCUCUUUCAACCACUUCUGGAGCCCUUUCAGGUCUUCUGCUGCUCAGUCUCACUUCAACUGGUUCCUAGCAGUGGGUGCUGCCUUUCUCAGCACUUACACCAGUAGCAGUAUCGAUUGUCCUGGUAUGUCCUGUUACUGGAAGAAUACUAGCACAAUUCUUGGGACAUAGCAGAACAUAGGAAUGGGUGUAAUGGUGAUAUACUACAACCCUGCCUCUGUUACCUACACAUCAUUGUAUUUAGGGACUCACACAAACAUCGAAUGACAGUCACAUGGGCAAGCAUUGCAAGAACACAAAGCAGGUCAUAGGCCAUUCUAGCAUACUUUUCAGAAUAGCAUAUCCUCUGCUUUUCCCUUUCGUUCAUUCCUUUUGACUCCAUGCUGUGGGCCCCAUACUGUGAGGGGUGCUUAUGUAACAGGAUGACAGAGCCUGGUAUGUCCAGGGAACAUCACGCCCUCUUUAGAACAAGCUGUUCCAAGCUGACUUUUGAGCCUGCUGCACUAGACAUUUCAAGCAAAGUGCCUCUUCCCCAUCUUUCCUUCUUCCCAAAUUUCCCUCUCCCUCCAUUCUCAUAUACUGCUUUUCCUCUUCCUUUCACACACACUGAUUUAGUAAAUAGCCUGUUGUGAAUGUGUACAAGAUGUAUUUAAGUAGUACAGUGUUUGCUCAGAUGGUGUGGUUUCAAAUCUCACCCUCAAUACGCUACCACCUCUUAUCUCAGCUAGUAAAGAAGGGCUCUUGCUAGGCCAUUCCUUUUAAGUUUUAGGGUAACAGGACUGACUAUUUCAUACACUCAGAAAAGGGAAUUGACUCAUCAACCAGUAUUAAUGGCAUACACUAUAUCAAUUUAGCCAGGGACCAGUAAGCUGCCAAUGCUAGCAGUAAGAGAGAAAUGUUUCUCCAUAGCCUCCUAAUUCCUUGCCUCAAGAGGAACAAACUUUGCAGUUUAGUCCUAAAUACUGUCUAUAUUUACAUAUAUUCAACCUCAUACAUUUUCCAACUGGAUUAUUAUAACUCAGAAUGCUUAUCCUUUAUACUAUGCUGGUUACCCAAGUAGUCGUUCAUUUUAUCCUAAACUCUUUUCUUACCAUGGUCUCUCAGCUUUAGCUCUUUGUCCCUUUUCUUUUUUCUUUUUUCCUCUAUUAUGCUAAAAACAAAAACCCUACUGUUAGAGGAACCUGUGCCUGACAUGGCCAGGCACAUGUAAUGGGAGUCAUGUUCUCAACAAGGAAGGCUGUUUGCUCUGAGGUACUCUGAAUCAGUUGCAUUUGGAUAUCAAGUGGCUGUAAAGCCGGUUUCAGUUAUCCUCAAAAGAUGUUGAGCAGGUAACCAACUGCCCUGGUGUUGGCUCCAAAUGGAGUUAGGUCAUCACUAUAUGGGGGCCCAGCAGACCUGUAGUUUGUUGGCUUACAAUUUUACCAAAAGGUUAAGAGGCUAAGAGCUCUGCUUAGAAAGAUCAGACUGACAGUGGACAAUUUGAGGCAAGAACUCUUGAGCUUCAGUCUGCAAACUAUUCUCAAACAAUUGGAAAAUGAUUGCCUUUCUGUGGAAUGCGGUCAAUACCAGAGUGCAAAGAAGAAGAGAGUAUUGGGGGGGGGGGGGGCGUCUGUCAAAGGAGUAUUUGCCAGGAGAGUCCUGGACAAGCAGAUGGGGAAAUAUAGUCUGCACAAAAGACUAAUAAUUGUUUGUUUGUCGUAGAUGAAAGAAUUUGCAGGGAUGAGCUGCAGAGACUUGUCCUGGUUUUCCAACACUCAUCAAGAUUAGGGUCUGAAGGUAAUGCAUUUUAUCCAGCCAGAUCCCAUUGUUCAUUAGGGAAUUAUUAGAAUCUUCCUAGAAGUUUGUCUUUCUUUGAGAAUGACUUUACUUUUUGUACCUAACACUCUCACAAUUUGUUGAGCUUUUGAGAAGCCAAGAUCCAGUACAUAUCCAUAUGACCAUUUGGGAUUUUACUCUUCCCAUCUAGCUUUGUCCUCCUCCAUGUGUACAUUGCAUGUUACAUCAUGUAAUGAAGACCACAAAAGAAGCAUAACUAUGCUUGCAGGUCAUGGGAGAGAGGAAAGCAAAUUUUCUCUCCAGAAGUGAAGAAACAACAUACAAAACUCUUCAAGCAGUGAAAGGCUGGUGCAAGUUCACAUCACCUUGCAGACUGAAUCAACAGGUUUCUGUUUUUAGAAAGCUGCCAUGACCAGUAAAGGCAGCUUCUCAACCUGGUGGGCACUACAAAUCAUUUGGAAGAGCAUGUCCUGAAAUCUUAGACCAAGGAUGGGAAACUUGUAACCCUUCAGGUAUUGUCGAACUGUUAACAUCCUUAUUACACCAGCUACACAAAUCCCUUUCUACAUUGUCGAGGGUUGAUGAGAGUGGCAGGCUAACAAUGUUUAGGUCACAAGUUGUCCAGCCUUGUUUGUGGGGCCCAAACUGCUGUGAUAGGUCUCCUGUUUUGGUCUUUUUAAUUUGUACAAAAUUGCUCUUCUAUAGCUGGAUGUAUAAACCAGCUUCCUGGAAGCAUUUAUACCCCAUGAGCCUGCUGUCUCUUCCCUUCUUUUAUAUGUUGUCUUAAACUUUGUACAGGUAGUUCAAAAGCACACUGUUUGCCCCCACUUCCUAUGUAUGUGUGUUUGUGCACGUGUGUGUGUCCUAAGCUGAGUUGCUGUGCGAUUCAAACCUUGGCUUGUUUUACUCCAAGAGGGAGGAGUAUGUUUGAGGGUGAAUGUCCCGUGCAACACCUAUUUCCUCUCCCCUAGAUUCAAACCAUUAGGACUUUUUGAUUGAAUUUAUUUUUUGUAACUGUGUUGGGAGCUUGUGCUUCCAUUGGCUUUCUUCUUGAACAGUUUAAAUGUUUUGUUGGAUUUGGCCAUUAAAAUAUACAGAUGGACAUUUUA